AUGGAGUCGCCGUACCCGCCACAGCUCUCGCUGCCCUCGUCCGGGAACGCUUCUUCGCAGGAAGCUGGCGCCUCUGCCUCCCCGAGCGGGCCGCCUGCGUCUCUCGGCAACAACACGACAGCGACAGACCCCGCCUCUGAGCCGCGCCAAACUCACCGCAAACGGACGCGAACGGCGGACGAGACGAGCCAGGCGGGCUUCGAGUGUGGACCAGAUGGAAUUGAGGCGAGUGGGAGCGUGCUGAGCGAUGACGACGCGCGGCCACGGGGACUGAGCGAAGGAGGCAGGCGCAGUCGGGGUGAAUUGGCGAGACGAUUGGCAGACAGGGCGAGAGUCGACGAGCGGCGAGGAGGAUGGAUGACACGGAGUGUAAGCGACGAGGGCGUCGAAACGACGGCAGGUGAGGUUACGAACGAGCAUGUGGAGAAGCGGAGACGGCUUGAAGGGCUGCAACUCUGCGAAGGAGGCGAAAGGGAGCGGACGCCGACUCGAAGAAGUCGCCCCGCGCCCAUCCGCAUCGACCCCGCCUAUCACUCCUGCCUGCCCUCUCCGACGACGACUACGACAAAUCUGCCUUCCUCACAUCUCGGCGUCUUUCCCACCGCGCUUGCGCAGUCUGUCGAUGUCGCGCAAACGUCCACUCUCUUGCCUCCUCCCGCUUCGCCUCGUCUCCCGCCUCCCUCCGCCGACAUUCCCCAGCUUCCUUUCUCCGCGGCUUCUUCGUCUCCGCCGUCGCUUCGGACGCCCUUCACCUCCGCGCCGCCGGCAGCACGGUCGCCACAACGGCGACGAGCGAAAUCGCUGCCUGCGUCUCUUUGUCCUGUCCACCCUGCACUCCUCAGCCCCACAUGCUACUCGAUACAACGACGAAAACUUUCGACUAGCCCACGCCCGACGAGCGGUUCGUCGCCUGCCUCGGUUGCGGCACCUUUGCCCUUUCCUCCCACCCCUCCGAACCAAGCGUCCGCUCCACCGAAGCUCUUCUCGCAAGAGGAGCUCGUCGCGCUUCACGCGUUCGUGAUCUCGAAGGCGGAAGGAGUCCUCACGACGGCGGGGAUCACGACUGCCUCGCUCGCUCCGCCGAUCACGAAGGACACCUUGCAGGAACUCGACCUUAGCGAGAUCAUGCGCAACCCGCAGCUGCGGCACGACGUCGUCUUUGACCCAAACCUCAUGUUUCGCCCGAACUACGAUGGCGAGAGGGGCGAGCGGAAACGGCUUACGACCGAACAAUACUGGGUUGCAGUUGCGCGCGAAGUCUCGAUUGGCUGCCGUUGUGCGGCCUUUCGCAACAACUCCCUACUUCCCUGCAUCUGCUCGUGCUUCGGCGAUGAGACCCACCCCGUCCACCUCUCGUCUCGCCUGCCCAGUCGCAUUUUCCAGCUCAUCGUGGAGCUGCGCGCCAUCAUCUCGACUCUCCUCCCCGGUUCGCCGACGCCGAACUCGCCCACUCCGUCUUCCGCAGCCACCUUCGACACGUCCUCCCUCUCCGCAGCUCCGUCUUCCGCACCCACGCACAACGCUCGCGAAGCCGUCGCCGAGGUGCUCGACCCCGUUCACCUCACUCAGCAGAUCGCGCACGGCGUCGCCGACAUCGCAGCGCUGGCUCGCUUCCUCGGUUCAACGCUCAAGAUGCACUGUGCGCCGAUGCGAGACGAACUCGUAGAUGCGAUGGUCAAGGUGACGUGCGAGGGCGAGGGGAUCGUCAAGGGAUUGAGGCUUUGCUUCGAGAUCCUCGAGCUCAUGAAGCUGGACAUUGCCAACCACCAGCUUCGCUCGCUGCGACCCUACCUCGUCUCGACCGCCCUCGACUUCGAACGACGAUUCUUCCAGUCCAGUGCCGCCCGCCGUCGUCGCCCGCUCAAGGUCUUCGAGCGAGUCAGCGCCUGGCUCGAAUCGUCUGCCACACGUUUGUCUGCGAAGGGUGCUGCGCCACGGAAACUCGGAGUUGGCGAUGUGGACAAGGUCGUCGCGCAUGGCCUUCUCGACCUGAUCUACCCUGCCCUCGACACGUCCUCUCCGCCGCCCUCGUCCCUCGCCUCGCUUCCCGAGACACUCAUGCUCGACUCGUACCGUCUCAAGGCCUUCCACGCGGACUCGACCGACUUGACCGUCAUAUACCUCCUCGCCAUGCUCUUCCAGCAACUCGCCGUUCCCGCACGCCCGUCGACCGAAGACAUGGAGCGACUCUGCAAGGAGUUGUGGAUCGUCAUGACGACGAGUACCGGCUCGCCAUCGUCGCUCGUCGGUCCAGCUGCAUCCAUCCUCGGGAUCCCUCAAGGACCGCCUGGACACGGCAUCUCAAAGCUCUCGUCGAGCGCCUGGAGGCAAGGGAUGCAGGACGUCCUUCUCCAGCUUGCAGCACGCGCCAAGCAGGUCAACAAUGUCGACGCCCAGCCAGUCUCGCCCGCGCCUCUCCCCAACGCCGACACUCUCAAGCUUGUCACCAGCUACUUCGAGACCAACGUCAAGGCCGACGGAAAGCUCUUCCAGCUCCUUCAGAAGCGGCUGCGAGAGACGAUCGAGUUGGCGGUCGAGGAGGAGUUGGCGAAGGAGACGGAGCGCGGUCCUCUCGCCUUCACCGGCUGGUGGCAGCCGUCGAAGGAGCCUGCGACGAUGACGACUGGCUCGGUUCGUCGAGGCAGCGUCAUCGCUAGCCACAAGACCGGUGCACGACCGGAUGCCAACCUCAUGGCCGCUUCGUCGCCCGUUCGAGGCCGCAAGCGUUCUCUGGGCGACCGCGACCAGGACGUCGAAUCCACCCCGUCGCUCGAGCACGUCGUCGCCGAGAAGCGCCAGCGGACGGAGUUGUCACUCUCGGCGAAAUCGUCUCCUUUCGAGGCCGCCUUGCAGCGCAACGGCCUGACCGCCUUGUCAGGCGAGGUCCGCCUACUCGCCGGUCGGAUCGCAAAGGUGGCCUCGUUCAACAUCUCCGUAUACCGACCCUUGUACGAAGCCAUGCUUGCUCGCCUUCCGCCUUCCGACCUCGCGACCAAUUCGUAG